CGCCGAGCCGUUCAUGCCCCUGCCCGCGCCGGACCCGGACUCAGCAGCACCCGGCAGCGGCGGAUCCCCCGCCCCGCUCCCUUCCGGGGCAGCGUGUCACCGGGAAAGCCGCCCGGCUGCAGGGCGCGCCCCGCGCGGAAAUCUUCGGAAAGUCAAGUCUGAUCUUGCCUGGUUUUGCUGGAGGACUUUCGUGGAGGUUUCAGAGAAGGCCUUGAUUGUCUUAUCUGAAAUCAGAGAUGGAAAUAUACACCUGAGAAAAAACACUUUAAAUCUGCUUUGUCUGUAUUCAUAUGGAUGAAUCCAGGAUGUUCCAAGGAAACACAUUUGAUAAUUACUUGAAUUCAGUUGCCCCAAUUUGUGAAGAUGAUGCUUUCCAAAAGAAAGGGCACAAUGUAAGGACCCUUAGCCCUGAAGAAGCUGAGAAACUGGCAAGAGAUCAAGUCUUGGUGUCUGACUUCAAAAAACUGAAACUGGAGAAAGAGGCACAGAAGAACUGGGAUCUGUUUUACAAAAGAAACAGCACAAACUUCUUUAAAGACAGGCAUUGGACAACUAGAGAGUUUGAAGAUUUAAAAGCAUGCCGGGAGUUUGAAGAUCAGAAACUGACCAUUCUUGAAGCAGGCUGUGGGGUUGGAAAUUGCUUGUUUCCACUUUUAGAAGAGGACUUGAAUAUCUUUGCUUAUGCCUGUGAUUUUUCUCCAAGAGCUGUUGAAUAUAUAAAGAAGAACGCUUUAUAUAAUAUUGAGAGAUGUAAAGUAUUCCAAUGUGAUCUGACCAAAGAUGACCUUCUGGAAAAUAUACCAGCAGAUUCUGUGGAUGUUGUCACAUUAAUAUUUGUGCUUUCUGCCAUUCACCCUGACAAGAUGCACCUUGCCUUGCAAAAUAUUUAUAAGAUAUUAAAACCAGGCAAAUGUGUCUUAUUUCGAGACUACGGGCUCCAUGAUCAUGCAAUGCUUAGGUUUAAAUCUGGCAGCAAACUUGGAGAAAACUUUUAUGUUAGACAAGAUGGGACAAGAUCAUAUUUCUUUACUGAUGAGUUCUUGUCUCAUCUCUUUAAGGCUGUAGGAUAUGAGCAAGUGGUCAAUGAGUAUGUGCUGCGAGAAACUGUGAAUAGGAAAGAAGGCCUGCGUGUUCCAAGGGUUUUUCUUCAGAGCAAAUUUCGAAAGCCUCUAAGUGAAGCAUGAGUAUUUGCUAAUGAACCACAGAAAUGCUUGUUUAAAUAGGGUGGUGAGGGGGGGAAAUCUAGUGUGGUGUUUUUCCUUGGCUGUACAGUCCUGGAGUCUGCUAAACCAGAAUGACAGAGUCAUGUUUUCCAAAACCUUCUGUUGUUUUUAAUCCUUGGGUAUAGAAGAUGAGAGUGACUAUUAGAAUACAAUUUUAAGAUAGGAUAAAGGUACAUAUAUACAAUCAACCUCUUUGAGUGUCUAAAUCUCCCCUUUUUAAAGUAAAUUCUGUGCACCAUUGUGUGCUCUUGUGUGAUUUUAAUAUAAAAAUGUGUAAAUAAGACAGUCUGUUUUUAAAUAAUUCUCCAAGCAUUUUGCGUAGGAUUGUAAUUUUCAUUAAGGAAAGUAUGUUGUUGAGCAUAAACAGGCUAAAUGUUAAUUAUAAGCCAAUGUUUCCACUAGUUGCAAGAAUGGAUUAGUGUUGUGUCCCCUUCUCUUUCAUAUUAAAACUAUUUUAUAUUUCUGCUAAUGAACACUUUUUGUUUGAUAUUCAUUUUUAUAAUAAGGGCUAAACAGACUUCAGUUCUGCAGUUUCUCACUGGAAUUAAUUUGCAAACUUGACACCAUCAAAUUGGGCCUGAAUAAAGACUGGGAGUGGCUGGGUCAGUACAGAAAAUAAUUUUCCCUCUGUUGAUACUCACACCUUCUUCUCAACUGUUGUGAAUGGGCCACAUCUACUGUGAUUGAAUUGGCCUUGUUAGCAGUACAAAAAGUAAUUUCCCCUCUGUUGAGAAAUGGGCUACAUCCCCUAAUUGAAUUGGCCUCGAUAGCACUGACCCUCCACUUGGUAAGGCAACUCCCAUCUUUUCAUGUGCUGUGUAUUUAUACUUGCCUACUGUAUUUUUCACUCCAUGCAUCUGAUGAAGUGGGUUAUAGCCCACGAAAGCUUAUGCCUAAAUAUAUUAGUUAGUCUCUAAGGUGCCAUAAGGACUCCUCGUUUUUUUUUUUGUUUUGUUUUUUUAAGUUAUAGGGGUUUAUUCUCCUUUCAGUGCAUAUAGGGCGUCUACACCUAAUUUAUAUCCGGUGUUAAGAAGAGAAAUGGACAGACUCUCCAUGUGUGAGAAGUUAGCCAAAAUACUGUUGUUAUGAAAAUAGUCAUCUGUAGCAAUUUGAACUAUUUCUUAAGACAUCUAUUAAUCAUUUAUAAGCUAUUUCUGAAUGGAACCUUAGUUUAAAGCGUGAUCACUAUUUUUAUAUAUGCUUCUUCUUUCUUCCAGCAAAGAGAGACUUCCUGGAACUUAAGGGGGAGCACAAAACCAUUGCCUCAGUAAAACAUGUGACCUGACACGGA